UGUAUGAACCAACCAGCAUUAGCAAUACAAUACAUGUCAUGCAUAUGAUCAACCUAUUCAUUUCGUAUAGCUAGCUCUAGCUUCAUUUUAAUUUAUAUAUAUUCUUCACGAUUCCUCUUUCUUGCAUUAUAUUUCAUUCAUUUCAUACCUCAUCCCUUAUAAUCAUUUUAUUUUAGAGCUUGGAGAUAUCAUGACCGCAGCAGCAGCACAUAUUGCUCGAACAAUUAUUGGUGUUAUAGGAAAUAUCAUCUCGGGCUUCUUGUUCUUGUCCCCAGUGCCAACUUUUAUUGCGAUAUGGAAGAAAGGAUCUGUGGAGCAAUUCUCACCAGCACCAUACCUAGCAACACUUGUUAACUGCAUGGUAUGGACACUAUACGGUCUGCCUAUGGUGCACCCGGACAGCGUGCUCGUGGUAACCAUCAACGGCUCAGGUUGUGUGAUUGAGAUCAUAUAUGUCACGCUCUUCUUGAUUUACUCUGAUGGCAACAAAAGGCUCAAGGUCCUUAUGUGGCUAGUUGUUGAACUCGUUUUCAUCGCAGCUCUUACAUUUGUCACGUUGAGCCUUGUUCACGACGUCGCGAAACGCUCUGCCAUUGUUGGUACGACAUGCAUUGUCUUCAACAUUAUGAUGUAUGUUGCACCUUUAGCUGUGAUGAAACUGGUGAUCAUGACUAAAAGCAUUGAGUACAUGCCGCUCUCCAUAUCUCUUGCUUCCUUUGGAAAUGGUGUGGCUUGGACAACUUACUCUCUCCUCCCUUUCGACAAAUUCAUCACUAUACCAAAUGGAAUUGGAACAUUGUUUUCUGUGGCGCAGCUGAUUCUAUAUGCAACCUAUUACAAAUCCACGAAGAUGCAAAUAGCUGCCAGAAAAGCCAACAAAAUAGAGGUGGACCUGUCGCAGGUUGUGGUUGCUAAUGGUAACAAACAGUCCAAGUAAAAUUAUUGAUCAUGAUGGAUUAAUGUGGAAGGCCGACAGACUCGUCUAACCUCCCAUUUCAUCAUUGCUACUAUAAAAUUAUGGGAAAUGCUAAUUUAUCCUUAUCAUUUUUCGUUUUCCAUCCAAUCUUGUUGGGAUGUUUUGUUUUUAAAGAUGCAAUUUUAUCAUUGCCUAAAGCAAUGCCUGAAGUUUAUUAAGCAGCACACUUCUCUUACAGAGUUGCACUUGCAUCUUUUGGGCUGAAAUGUAAUCAGAUCACAUCCACCCACCAGAAUUUUAAUUUAUAAAUAUCUUCUUAGUCAAUUUCAUUUCA